AUGGCAAAUCGUACUGAUGUUAAUAUUAUUAAAUCAUUUGGAUCAAACCCCCAAUUCUUAAUUUCAAAUAUUAUAAGAAAUAAAAUAUAUGACAGUCCAUAUUGGAAGGAGAAGUGCUUUGCAUUGACCUCAGAGUCAAUAAUCGACCAAGCAGUGAACUUAAAAUAUGUUGGUGGGACAUAUGGAGGGAAUAGAAAACCAACACGCUUUCUUUGUUUAGUUUUAAAAUUACUACAAUUACAACCUGAUAAAGAUAUUAUAUAUGAAUUUAUAAAAAAUGAAGAAUUUAUUUAUUUAAGAGCUUUAGGUAUAUUUUAUUUGAGGUUAAUAGGUAAAGGUAUAGAUAUAUAUAAAAAUAUAGAACCAAUAUUAUUUGACUAUAGAAAAAUAAGAAUAAGAUUACAAGAUGGGUCAUUUCAGAAAAUAUAUAUGGAUGUAUUUGCUGAUAAUUGUUUAGUUUUUAGUAAUUUUUUAGAUGUUGAUUUUCCACCUUUAACUAAAAGGGUUGUAUUAGAAGAAAAUCAUUUAUUAGAGAAAAUUAAUUUAGAUUAUUAUAAGGAACUAUUAGAUAUACCUUCGGAAAAUGAAAUUUUUGUAAAUACCAAAAAAACAAAAAGCGAAAAACUUUAUGAAAACAACAAUGACAAUUAUACUAGUCAAAGUUCAGAACGAUAUUAUUCUAAGCGAAAAAAAAUACAUAGAGAAGAUAAAAAAGAGUUUGAAAAAAAAAAAAAAAAAAGACGAACAAAUUAUUCUGACAAAAGUUAUUAUAAAAAAAAAUCAUAUUCAUCUAGCGAUGAGUACUCUAGAAGUUCUAGAUCAAAAUCAUAUGAAUAUGAAAAAAAUCGAAAAAAAAAAAAAAAAAAAAAAUAUAAUGAAGAUAGUGAUUAUAAAGAAAAAAAACAUGAAAAGAAAAAAAAAAGUAGUAAAAAAAAUAAUGAAAAAGAGAGGAAACAUAAAUAUGAAAAAAGUAAAAAUAAUUUAUCUGAUAUUCCAGAAAAAAAUAACGAAGAAAUGUCUGUUGAACGAUGGAAUAAAAUAAGAGAAGAACUUGGAAUGAAGCCCCUUAAAUAG